CGCACUGUUAAUACAUAAACACAAACUAAGGAGACCUCUCCAUCCGAUUCGAAUCAAAUUAUGUGUUCUUCGUCUUCUUCCUCAAUCCUCUGGGCGAGACGAACACUACAUAUCAGGAAACCUAAAUUUCACAGAGAGAUAUAAGGUUCGAGAAAAUCACAAUAACGCUAAGACAAGAUGACAAAGCACUAGCGACAUGAACCCUAGGGUUAGCAAACCGCUUUCAAGGGUUCUUUUGCAAAUGAAAAGUUUGAUGAACACAAUAAUAGACAUGGUCGCCGUAAUCGUGUUAGAAAGAGAUAGGCGAGGGGAAAUAAAAUGGCGAAGAAGAAACAAGACAAAAUAAAUUGGAAAAUUCAAUCUACGUCGAAUGUGGAUGCAAGUAAUUGGGAUUCAAAAAGAUGAUUAAGUUGGGGAGUUCAAAUUGGAUGGGGAGCUUCUCUUGGAACUAUGAAGGGGCGUCCCUCCAAGAUGAGAGAGGGAUCGUGUAAUUGGUUAGGGAGACUGGAAAUUGGUUAGGGCGGCAGUGGGUCUACCCAAUUGGGUUUGCAGUCUUAAUCCAUUUAAUUUAAUCGGUGCAGUUAGUUGGACUAGGAUGAAAAAAAAACUUAACGUGAUAGGAGCCUUUUUUUUAAUUUGUUUAGUUAUUUAGUGGCGCAGGAAGGUUUAACAAACGUGAGCCGUGGAGAUUGAAAACGAAUGGUUAAGAUCGGCUAAGGUACCCGUACCCGGAUUUUCCCCUGGGCACCGUAGAAGUUGAUUCGCUAAAACACAACUCCUAACAAAGGCCAAGUGUAACCAAUGAAAGGGACUGCAGUAUAGUGGCUCAAGUGAUAAAUAUCGAAUCCACGGGUCUCUAGAGUUACUAUUACUCAACUUCAGUUUAUUAUUUAGCAAACCAGAUUAAGAUGAAAGAACUAAAACUACUCUAGCAAACUACAGUUAAAGUUAAUCUAAUUACAGGUUGGGAACUCACUUAGGUAUGAUUCCCCCUAGCCACUAGCCAGAUUAAUGAUUGAUGAUCUCUAACCUGUUUCACUUUCAUUCACAAUGCGGAGAAUCCUUGACUAGACCUUGAGUCUCGACUAAAGGAACAAGGCCCUCUUGAGUCAAUUGCCUAGAGGGACGUAUCCUUCUCCAGAACAACUGAUCAAGGCGUUCUGAACUAGACUCCCUCUAUCGAAAGAGGUUCUCAAUCGAUACAAAGCAGUGAAUCAACCCUCGACUAAAGCAAUCGAUCCACUACUAUCAAUCUAUGGUGCUCUAUUGACCUAAUAAGGUAUUUCCUCUCAUAGAAUCAAAGCAGAAUCAAUAAUCUCGACUAAAGCAGAAUUGAAUCAUGAAAACAUGCAUAGAUUGAAUAUGAACUCAAGAUUAUCCAGUCAGAGUACUCAUACAAUCAUCCAAUCAAACAAACAUAGCUAGGGUUCCUCAAAACCUAAGUGAAGGGAAGUUACUCCAUAGAGAAGAGAGAGACUGCAGUAAGAAUCUUCAGAUGAUCAGUCUUCAAGUCCGGGCUUGUUCCUCGAUCUUCCAAGGCGGAGAAAUCCUCCAAUUCCACUCCAAGAAUGCCCUCAAAUCGCCCUCUCUCUCUUUGGUUCGUCCCUUGGGUGUUUGGGAUCCAAAACCCAGCUCUCCUCUUCUUUGGUUCGGAAUUUGGCUUAAAACCAGGAAAUCCCGACUCGCACGGCCAGGGUGCACGGCCGUGCAUAUCACCAUUCUGGCCGUGCAACUCAAAACGCAGCGUGUCAUUUAGUCGAACUUCAUCCCUCUCGCACGGCCAGGGUGCACGGCCGUGCGAGCUUCAGGGGUUGCCCGUGCGUGUCCUCGGCAUAAGGCGCACGGCCAUAUUGCUCAUGUGCACGGCCGUGCAGCCUCCCUGUUCUGCCCGUGCAGCUUGCUCAGCCUCUGUUUAAUGCUUCGUUUCUCCCUCGUCCGGACUCCGAAUCAGUCGCCGUUUGAUCCCAGACGCUCGUAGUCUCGUCCUCUUUCGUUUCAUAACAAGCUUGCAUGCUUCUUUGUCCAUAAAGUGAGGUAGAAAUCCAUUCUUCUUCAGGUCAUGCCCGAGUUUCCUCUCUCGAAUCGUCAAUUGAUCUCUGAUUGACUUGAAACUUGCGCCUAUGCUUCACUUUAUGUGCUAGGACCUGAAAUGGGACAAAGGAACACAACCUAGCAUAAAAUAGGCCACAACACACGAAUAUGCCCCUCAAACGGAUAAGAACUAGGGGCGCAAACAUGUGCAAUUACAUCGUUAUCAAACUCCCCCACACUUAACCGUUUGCUUGUCCCCAAGCAAACCUAACUCAAAUCAAUGCAACUCUCCAGACCUCUAUAGCAACAAACAACCUAGAUCGUAGGUAGAGGACUUCCUAGAUCAUUUAGCAGCUUACGAGGUCAACCGACGCACAAGUCAUCUCAUAGCUUCUUCGGUCAGUCGGCAUCAUGGCAAACAGUGAACAGAGGACAAAUGAAUUGUGGAUGAAGAGAUUCUCAAAAACAAAAGAUCAUGGACUCA